AUGCCGGUCUCUACGGGCACUAUUGAAUCUGUUAUUAGUUCUGUCACAGCUUCUAAAUCUUCAUCUUCUGCGUCUCGUGACCGUGUUGCGGCAUAUCAAGAGCUUUCAAAAGUUAAACGUGGUUUGCCAAAUCGAUUAGUAUCAGAGCUUGAAAAGCGAAAGGUUACUACUGUAGAGGAAGCAGCUCGUGUUGCACAGGUUCUGCGUUCAAAACGCUUAAAAUCACACAAGACAACACACCGACGGAAACCUGUUAAGGAGUUGAAAACACCAAAGGUUAAAAAACCUGGUAAGAUCACUCGACCUGUUGGUAAGGUUGCUGAUAAGGUCAUUUCAAGCAUGAAACGUGCACUAGACAUGGGUGUGAUUAAAUUAUAA